AUGGAUUGCCCGACGUCCCGCCGUUUGUCUCUCCUCAAUCUCCCCCUAGAGCUCCAGUGGUGGAUCCUUGGGUGUCUCGACCUCCGGGACCAGGGCUCGUUCCUGCGGGCCUCUCAGCAGGCCCGGGAGGUCGUGGAGCCGCUAUUCUACCGCAAGAUAUUCACCAAGGUCGGCACCCACAACGACACCGUCGGGCUCGUCAAUCUCCUCAAGACCCGGCCCCACGUCGUGAGCCUCGUGCAUUUCCUCAUCUUGGACGAAUUCCACCCAAUCGCCUACCGGCAGCUCUUGGCCAUCGAGUUCCCCAAUCUGGAGAGCGUCAUCGCCCAGCACGACGGCGAGCCGCUGGAGAUCGAUGAUGAGAGGAGGCGGUCUCUCAACAGGCUCGUCCGAGAACAGCCCAAGCUGACGAACUUGACCUUUUCCAUCGAGCAGGGGAACCGGCCUACCUUCGAGCUCAACGAGGACGAUGCCGUCCUGUUCCGCCAUAGGAAGCUCCGGCGGAUACGGAUUUCCUACGUUGACUUCUCUCUGUUCGGCCGGUUGGCCGUCGACUACUUCCAGCACGCCGACCUGAGAGCCCUGCUGAUUGAGUUAUGCUGGUACGAUUACGAGGCGCUAGAUCGGCUGGUGUCGCCCACGACUCAGCUCCAGAACGUGCUGCUCGGCCACAACGACCAGCUACCCUUCUCCGAGAGGCUCUAUCCCACCCUGCUGGCUCCGGUUCGGGAAAGUUUGCGAAUCCUGGACCUCACGUGGCGGUGGAAGAUACCCCUCGAGGACCGAGGCAUGGAUUUCACCCUCUUCCCCAAUCUGCAUUUCCUCCGCGUGCCCCCAGUAUACCUCCUGGGUAGCGCCUAUAUGGAAGAUUCGGUGCUCGAGAGUCUUGUCCGCACGAAAUUCCCGCCGAACCUCAAGAUGCUUCUUUUGGAGAACAUCGUGCCCCGCUCUAUACGGGUUAUGAACGAACGCGGCAUCGUGUUCCCCGGAUAUCCCCCGCCGGGGUACACUCUGGAGCUGGCGCUGAUGCCGCGAGAUUACCAGCUCAUCCGAUUCCUGAUCACGGAGAAGCACAAGGUGCUGCCGAGGCUCAAGUACGUGCUGAUGUACUACAUGGAGAUGAUGCACGACCCUCUGGAUCUCUACCCCCUGGCGAAGGAAAACGGCAUCACGCUUAGCCCGCUGUACGCUACCGAUUACCUGACGCCCUUGCUCGAUUGGCUAGACGAAUUAUGA